AUGACGUCCAUAACAGGAAACCCGUUAAUCGUUUCCGUCAUGGCGGUAUUUUUGUACAUAGGUAUGGCGGUUAUAUUUGUGUCAAUCGCUGCUGGAGAGACUACCGAAGGGAUACCAGAUAAGCUGUGUGAUUGCAUAGGAAAGACACUAUCAACGAAACCAAGAUGUACCUGUCAGAGAAAGAACUUAACAAGCGUACCUCAGGAUUUACCUGACGACAUCCGGGUUCUGGACUUGAUGAUGAACAACAUUUCCACUAUCCCUGAUUAUGCCUUUGCAAGAUACCAGCACCUUCAAACAUUACGGCUCACCAGCAACGUUCUAAUGGAAAUGUCAUAUAAGGCUCUGCAUGGUCUUACUCGACUCCAAGACCUAUACCUGGAUGGGAACAAGUUGAAAACCGUCCCACGGGCCUUCCAUGAGCUACAUAACCUUGUGAAACUACAUCUCGAUGCCAAUUACAUCAACCAAGUGCCUGCGGAGAGCUUCAGGAAUUUAAAGCGACUGAAGAUACUGCAUUUUGAAGCCAACGCUCUUUCUUCAUUUCCGGCGGAUGCGUGUCAAUAUCUCUCUUCUCUAGAAAUCUUGGAUUUAUCUGUCAACAAAAUAGAACGAAUCCCUAAUUAUGCAUUCAGCAACCUGACCAACCUGGUGGGACUAUUAAUAGCUGACAAUCGGCUGACUGAAAUCGGCGACUACGCAUUUCAAGGAUUAAAUGUACUCGACAAUUUAGUUCUUGACGGGAAUUUUCUGAAGCACAUUCCACCAGCUUUUACAGCUUUGGGAGACCUUAAAACACUGCAAAUACAGGACAACCAGAUCGCGCACAUUCCCGACAAUGCAUUUGCUGGAAACAACAAGAUGCAUAUGCUGAUGCUCAAAGAUAAUCCAAUCGUUUCAUACGGAAAACUGGCUUUCAGUAACUUACCAUUGAAGAACUUACACAUAUCGGAGGCCAGAGAUACGACGGAAUUUCCUGAUCUGUCUAGCGCUAUUCAUCUGACUACUCUCAAACUGGACAGAUCUGCCAUAACCGAGAUACCUUCUGACUUUUGUUCCUCUCAUCCCGUUCUCACUGAAAUAAAUAUUCAUUCCAACAACAUCAAAACGAUCCCGGAUUUGAAAGAAUGCCAUAUGCUGAAACUGGUGAACUUUGGUAACAACGACAUAGCGUCCCUUGAUGGCAAUUUGUUCGGCAACCUGACACACCUAAAGGACCUUACUCUUACCCGUAACCGCAUUACGUAUAUCCCUGAGGAUGCAUUCUCUGGUCUCGUCAAGCUUGAUUAUCUUGAUUUGUCUAAAAACAAAAUCAAAGAAAUUGACGACGACGCUUUUACGGAUUUAACAGAACUGGUAGAAUUAAAUUUAAGUGAGAAUGAGUUUCCACGCCUACCUAUUGACGGUCUACAGAAACUACGAGUUUUAAAAACGUUCCAUAAUACCAACCUUCAGGAAGCCCUUCCUUCUGCCAGACUACCUAACAUCGAAAUUCUUGUCCUGUCAUAUGCCUACCAUUGUUGUGACUUCAUAUAUGGCGGCAGAAAGGACUAUGGAGAAACCAAAUUGAAGGAGGAUGUCCGCUGGCUUAAUCAUAAGCAUGAUAACCAAACUUUUCCUGACAGUGAUGAGACUAUCAGCAUUGAUCACUACGCGAUUUACGUGGGCCCUGGUGAUGAUAAUGGGGACAUCACUCCCUCGGAUGCAAUGGAUAGAGCAGAUGAAAUAAUUCACGUGAGAAAGCCUGUGGAUUGUACGCCUUUACCAGGUCCAUUCCUACCCUGUGACGAUCUGUUCGGAUGGUGGUCGCUCCGUUGUGGCGUAUGGAUGGUCUUCCUCCUUGCAGUCGCAGGGAAUGGUAUCGUUUUAUUUGUGUCUAUAAGUGGACGAUCCAAGAUGGAAGUUCCAAGAUUCCUCAUAUGCAAUCUGGCCUGUGCCGAUUUCUGUAUGGGUGUAUAUCUGGGCAUGUUAGCCAUUGUCGAUGCCUCAACCAUUGGGGAGUUCCAACAAUACGCUAUCCGUUGGCAGACGAGUCCUGGUUGCCUGGUGGCGGGUUUUCUUGGUGUAUUCUCAAGUGAACUGAGUGUGUUCACUUUGACUGUUAUCACGGUGGAACGUUACUAUGCCAUCUCACACGCACUCCAGUUCAACAAACGACUCACAUUGAAAUCCGCUGGAGUCAUAAUGACUGUUGGGUGGAUCUUCUGUAUAGCUGUUGCUAGUCUUCCGCUCUUCGAGAUCAGUGACUAUCGAAAAUUUGCCAUUUGUCUUCCUUUUGAAACCAGUGAAAGAGAAUCCUUGGCUUACGUCUGUUUCAUCAUGAUUUUCAACGCUAUAUCAUUCAUCGCUAUCAUAGCCUGUUACAUCAAAAUUUAUAUUUCAAUACUGGGAUCACAAGCGUGGAACACUAAAGACUUCCGUGUUGCCAAGCGAAUGGCCAUUCUUAUCUUCACAGAUUUUCUUUGCUGGUCGCCUAUCAUUCUGUUUUCUGCGACAGCUGCUUUCGGAAGUGAACUUAUAAGCCUGAAUGAAGCUAAAAUUCUUACCAUAUUUGUCUUGCCGCUCAACAGUUGUGCAAAUCCAUUCCUGUAUGCAAUAUUUACGAAACAAUUCAAACGUGACUGUGUCAAGUUAUGCAAACGGAUUGAAGAAUCGUCCAUAUCGAGAAGUCUUUCAAGCCUAAAUAGUCGUAGAGUAUCACUCGGCUGCGGAUCGUCAUGGCGACACCUACAGCUGCACAGCCCAAUGGGCACAGAGAAGAGAAGCAGUUGUAGCAAUUCAUAUAGUGGCGUAAGCAGUCCGGAUGGACUUCUUAGUCCACAUGGCAUUGAUGGCAAAUACUUCCGGAAACAGUCUGGAGAUAGUUUGCUUGGCGGUAUGUCUGUAUCUAGUGAAGACAAGGGCCCUCCUACCACAAGGCUUUUCGUUCGUCGUGAUUCGUCACCUGGUAAAGACGUGAUGGAAAACAUGGGUGGUGAUAAGAAAAGACGAUUAUCUGUCGGAUUAGCAGGAUCAGAAUCACAAAUAGUUAUUCAUUUUGACCGAAAAGACAUGAAAAGUGGAUCAGACGAUUCAACUCUAGGCGAUGAACCAAAGGUUAACUGCAUAAAGAGGUAUACGCGACGCCGUGGCAGUGCUACCCGCGGGACGUCUGCUACGACUGGUGGAGAAGGCCUUGACAUACAGACAGUGCUGGAAAGUUCGCGUGAAUGUGAUCUGGAACGUUCUUUUCGAAAAGAUGGUAUUGUAAAAAAGGAUGUCACUGCUCAAGAAUUGUUUGCUAAAUACCGUCAGAACAAAGAAAAAUUAAGAAAUGUUGUCACGGAUUUCGAUUCGGGGAAACUUCAGCAUGGUAAUUCAGCACCAAAUGUACAAAGUUCAGAAACUAAACCAACUUUACGGCUUCCAGUACAGAGUGACUCACAUGACAAAAAAUCAGACAUCAAUGAAUGGAGAAAAUCAUCCCACCUUUCAUUUCUUUGGCGCAACUCCCUUGAUCUGGAAGGAAAUAUGCCUUCGUAUAAAUCAAAUAGUCUAAUCGAACUGCCGUGUUCAUCAAAAGACUUUCGAUUAUCCCCAUGCAAACGUCGGAGUUUGUCGUCUCGUCAUGAGGGGUAUAUACUGCUGAAAAACAACAACAGGGACUCGGCUUACGAGGACGAAGAUGAGAUGUUGGAGUAUCAGGAAAGUAUUGCUCAGUCUGGAAAACAGUGUAGACAACUCAGUUCAAUGUCUUAUGUUAGCAACGCUCAUACAGAUGACAGGCAGUCUGGCGACGUAAGGGAAACAACUCUGGACGAGAAACACAGCGUAAUGAGUCAUACCAGCCAAAACAGCAAAGAAAGCGGCAUCAGUUCCGAAACAUGCUGCCAUGACAAGAAGGACAGGAGGACAAAAGAUUGUGUACAGACUGAUCUGAGAAAAAUUAUGACAUAA